AUGGGAAGUCAGCCGACGAACGUAGCUGUUAAUGUUAGCGCGAGCUGGCGUGCGCGAGCCAGUUUUCAGAAUAAGUGUACGGCGGUUGGAGGCGUCACGCUCAUCACCUACGACUACCUCCUCACACUUGAUCGCGAGAUUCGGUACAUCUGGAGGGGGAAGUUCACGGGUGCAAGUGCGAUCUACAUCGUCACACGUUACUCCUCCUUGGCCUCCCACAUCGUCAACUCCCUCAAUCUCUUCCCUUGGCCCGGCGAUUCAUCAGCAGUGAGCGUCUUCCUGACUCCCGAGCCCCAACAGAUACCAGCCACCUCUGACGCUCUUAACGUGGCAGAUGUACGCACGCAGCCGCGCCUGUGUCACGGGACCACAGUGGCAUUUUCUGUAAUGGGUGCCGUCGUUGUCGUGGGUGCCGCGGCGCUAGGGUCUGCGAACGCUGUCCCCUUGGUUUACGGAGCGACCAAGAUUCGUUCCCGCCACAUCCCAGGACCAAACAACAUCAGCACCAAGUGCAUCGUGGAUUUCUUGCGACACAAGUCCUUUCGCACCGAUCAUCGUCGGACGUUCCUGUGGAGUUAUCUGCGACUUGCUGGUCCUUACGUUGACGUGGAGACAUGCAAGGCCAUGGAGAGGAAGCGCACGCCAGAGAUCUCGCCUGCUUUCGUCGGUGCAUUGCCCGGCACUGCUGCAGUGUUGACCUCCCGCUUCAUCCUCGACUUGUUCGAAGCGAGCACGAGGACGCGCUUCGGCACUGGCCCCACAGUACGCCUCUCUGACAUGCCCAGUAUGGUGCCCUCGCGCUUGCUCGCGUCCCGACACGUUGGCGGUCUCGCCGCGGCUGGCCCCUCCCGAGGGAUUUUCGACGCGGAUGUCAGCUGGCGCGGGACAGAAGACAGCGAGAGCGUCUCCGGCACCACGGAUGACUACGACUUCGAGCUCCGGCCUGUUAACUUGGAACAACACGCCAGCGCACAGCACCGGUCCGACAACGUCCUCGACGACAUCCCGCGGCGGCCCGACAACAACACACCACCCCUGUCGCGGGCACAGCCCACUCACCACGCGCCAGACCUCGGUAGACAUACCUCCUAA